AUCGCAUAGCCGUCACCGGCUGAAGCGGUUUUUUGGUUUUCCCUAAUCCUUUUCUUUCCUUUUCCUUCUAACUCUCACAGCGCCAAUCUCUCCCUCUUACUCCAUCUCGUUGCUUCCCGAAGAUCUCUUUCUUGGAGAAUUUCUAGCGAAUUUUUUAUUUUGGAAUGGCGGAUGAUGAAAAAGUAGGAGAGGAGGGUACUUCUAGGGGAGCUGACUGGGAAGUUGUAUCCCUCACUGCUUCUACUUAUGCUGCUGCACCUAGUCCACUUGAGGUUGAUCCUGCUGGUGAAAGUGAAGUGAUGGAGAGCGUAAGUAAUCCUGAGUCAUCUGCUGCUGGAUUAUUCAUGUCUGGCCACUUUGUUUUUCCACCCAGUGAGCAUGAAAAUCUCCCAAUACAACUGAAUACAAAUGAGAUCUCUGGCGGUCCAGAGGAACAUAAUGGAAACCCUGGAAUGGUUGAUGCUGAUGAUGGCAUAUAUCAUUUGCAGACUGAAUCCAAAGAUGACUUGCAUGGAGUUGAGUUUUUUGAUGAGGGGAAGAGAGUUUCUGUCCAUGAAAUGGGAUUGGAAGAGGCCAAGGGACCCCAAAAGUCUACCUUGGUUGGAAUGGAGCAGUCUGUACUUGCUGAUCCUGAUUCUAUUGCUAGUCAUUCUGGAACACAUAGAAGUAACAUCAAAUUUAAGACUAAUGAAUCUUUCGAUGUGAAUACAGACUCUUCUAGGGAGCACAAAAUCGAUGAUGAAGAUGAAUCUAGUGGGCCUGAGCUUCCUUCACAAGCAUGGUGGAAGAGGCAUGUAGCAUCUGUUUAUCACCAAGCAAAGGAAGCUAAUACAUUUUGGUCUGUCAUAGUGGCUGCUGCUGUUGUUGGCAUUAUAGUUAUUGGGAGACGAUGGCAACAGGAUAAAUGGAAGUUAGCCAUCACCGAUGAGAAGAUGAGCAGGAUGCUGAAACCUGUCGGCCGGUUUAAGAAUGUUCUGCUUGGUGGCCACCAACCUAGCAAAGGGAUACACUGAAAUUGUCCUAUCACUCAGUGAGGGAGGAGACGAUGAUGGCAAGGAGGAAGAAGAAGAAGAAAUAAGUCCAUAUCGUUCAGGAGUUGCAUUUCUGGGGAGAAGACACAUCAAGUGCCUCUAUGACAAAAAACAAUUUUACCUUAAAACUUCCUGUUAAUUUUUGUUGGAGGAUCAUAUGCAUGAGGAUCUUCAGGUUCAAAUUCAUUCAGUUAUUUCUGUGAGAACUAUUUAUACUCGCUGCAAAUCUUUGUAUUCAGUAUUUAAGAAUUUUAUUCACUCUCUAGUCUGCAAAUCAUUUCUAUGUUUCCAGUUGGUUCCUGUGCAUGAUUCAAAAACUGCACCACUUCAUGUAUGUUGUGACAUUGUUUCAGAUAGUUAAUAAAGUAUAUUAGAUUUUAA